CUGCAGCAAGGCCCGGCAGUGCCGAGGCGGCUUUCCCCCGACAGGUGGUGCUGCGGCGGGCGGACGCGUCGAGGAGGUUUGUCCCCGCUGGCUGCCUGUAGCCUGCCCGGCAGGGCUGACGUGUAGUGGCGAGGCAGCUAUGGCGGCUGCCUGGGAGGAGAUUCGGCGCCUGGCGGCUGAUUUCCAGCGGGCUCAGUUUGCCGAGGUUGCUCACAGAUUGUCAGAACGGAACUGUAUAGAAAUUGUCACUAAACUGAUUGCGGAAAAGCAGCUGGAAGUAGUGCACACACUUGAUGGAAAAGAGUAUGUCACUCCAGCACAGAUUAGUAAGGAGAUCCAGGAUGAGCUUCAUGUUUGUGGUGGUCGAGUAAACAUUGUUGACUUACAACAGGUAAUAAAUGUGGACCUUCUGCACAUUGAAAACAGAGCUAAUGACCUUGUUAAAUCGGAAAAAACUAUUCAGCUUGUACUGGGACAACUUAUUAAUGAGAGUUACCUGGAUCAGUUAGCAGAAGAAAUAAAUGAUAAACUACAGGAAACUGGUCAGGUGACAAUUUCAGAACUCUGCAAGGCAUACGACCUUCCAGGAGACUUCCUGAUACAGGCAUUGUCCAGGCGUUUGGGUAGAAUUAUCCACGGACAACUAGACCAGGAAAACCGUGGGGUGAUUUUUACAGAAGCCUUUGUGUCCCGUCAUCGAGCACGCAUUCGUGGUCUCUUCACUGCGAUUACUCGGCCUACACCUGUAAGUAACUUGAUCACUCGCUAUGGAUUUCAAGAACAUUUACUUUACU